AAGUGGAGUAUCUGCUGAAGUGAAAAGGCUUCUCAGAUGAGGACAACACAUGGGAACCAGAGGAGAACCUGUAUUGCCCUGACCUCAUUGCUGAGUUUUUACAAUCACAGAAAACAUCCCAUGAGAUGGACAAAACAGAGGGAGGCAAACGCAAAGCUGAUUCAGAUAAUGAAGAUAGGAGGGAAGAAAGUAAGCCAAAAAAGAAGAAAGAGGACUCAGAAAAGCCCCGAGGCUGUGCCGGAGGUUUGGAGCCUGAAAGGAUUAUUGGUGCUACAGAUUCCAGUGGGGAAUUGAUGUUCCUGAUGAAAUGGAAAAAUUCUGAUGAAUCUGACCUAGUCCCUGCCAAGGAAGCCAACAUCAAGUGCCCCCAAGUGGUCAUCUCCUUCUAUGAGGAGAGGCUGAUGUGGCAUUCUUACCCUUCAGAGGAUGAUGACAAGAAAGAUGACAAAAAUUAAUUCCAUCAUGUACCAGCCUCUGUGUCCCUCAUACUGUGGAUUUGAAGUGGGAAGAGUAGAAAGAGUUCUGCUUGUCUUGACACCAUAGAAGGGGCUUGAGAAGAUGUCCUUUGAAGAGCCAGUAUGAUUCCUGGCCUUGCAGCAGCAUC